AUGGCACCAGGCGCGCAGAAAAGCGCGUGUCUUUCAUGUCGCCAGAGAAAGCUCAAAUGCGAUCGUAAGCAGCCGUGUGCGAAUUGCAUCGCUCGGGCGGUUGAGUGCACCGAACAAGACCUGCCUCCUAACCGAGCAGUCAAAAGACCAUUACCUCAAGAGUCAGACUCUUCAGCACUGUCGAACAUACUCUCGAGGUUAGACCAGAUCCAAGAUUACCUCAAACCUAGCAAGAGAGCAAAGCAUGUCUCUAUCUCGACCCCAAUUGGCGACCAGCUGAACGCCAUUCGCUUCGACGUGCCCAGUGUCUCGCAGUCACAAGAACCCGCAUUCAAUGACGUUGCUGAGUUGAUGCCUCCCGAAGAUCAAAUGCAGGCCACCAAAUACUCGGUCAACGAUGGUUUCUUGUAUCGCGCACUCACGCACGAACUUUAUAUAUCGAUCUCAGCAGACCACAAAUCUCAGAAAACAAUCGAGCCUCGUCACAUACAACUUCCCCCCAAGUGGGAGACAAUGCGCCUCUUUCAAGUAUACUUCAAAUACUUGGGCCAUGUCCAGAACAUCAUCUACGAGCCCCACGCACGCACUCUUGUAAAUGACGCAUAUGACCAAAUUGUCAACAUCUCUGCAACGACUGCGCCUCGAGGACUUGCCCUGAUAUUGUCAGUCAUAGCACUGGCGACAAUCCUUGAGCCUGUGGAUGGUGACUUGGCUACUGCUAUUCCAAUACUCAAGGAAAGGCUUGGGGUAUUUGCCGCCUACAUUCGAAUGGCGAUGGACUGCCUGGAGCAACAUCGUCGACGAGCUGAUCACACUAUCGAGAAUGUCCAGGCAUUGAUUCUUCUCAGCUUUGGUAUCCAUCAUACAGAAACCUUCUCUCCUCGGUAUCGUGUCUUGCUCGCUGAAGCUAUCGCUGUUUCUCAUAGCCUUGGGCUCCAUGUUGUGGAUCGGGUAUCUGCUAGACGCGGUCAUUCCAAGGUUGAUGCGGAUCCAAUAACACAAGAGAUAAAGAGAAGAGUUUGGUGGUAUCUCGUGGCAACUGACUGGGCAUCCUCAAAGGCAGAAGGAACGUCUGGAGCUACCUACCUCAUCCAGCCAAAUCUCAUCAGUACCAACCUUCCGAGACAUAUUGAUGAUGUCGACCUCAGUAACUCUAAUCACAAGGAGCGGCCUCUCUCAGAACCAAGCACUAUGUCUUACAAUCUCCAACGCAUCAAGGUUGCCGAGGUCGUUCGCUGCAUUUCCGAUCUGAUGCCGAACGAUCCAAACGAAGCAUCAUGUGAGUUGUUAUUGUCACUCGAUGCGAAGCUAGAUUCAGUAUUGUGCGAGCUGCCAAGUUUCUUCAGGACUGAACUGGCUGAUUCUGAAGAAACUAAGCAGAUUGAUAAUGCAUAUCCCCAUAUUCCGAUGCAGCGACUCUUGAUCAACCUUCUCAUCAACAUAUUCCGUUGCGGACUACAUUUUCCUUAUCUUCCUGGACGUGUCAACAAGGCUCUACACGCAUUCUCACGCCAAGCUAGUCUAAAGGCUGCUCGAGCUGUUCUUUCUUCGCAGCGAGGCAUGACCAUGAAAGAUAUGUUGCACUCUGCCGAUUUCAUGAAGAUCCAGGGCACCAUUUUCCACAUGUUUAUCGGGGCACUUGUUCUUACAACUGAUAUCUGCUGCAACCAGGAUGGCCAGACACAAGUAUCUGAGCUAAUCGAGGUUCUGAAGAAGCUGGACAGUAUCAAAGAUCACUCCAAGAUGGCUGCCAAGUUACUAGAUAUCUUAACGCAAUUGCUAGUCUCGUAUGGAGUCUGGUCACCAUCGACCACUAUCUCUACAUAUACUCAAGAUGAAGCGCCACUUGACCUCGGUCUAUCGGGAUCUAAGUCCCUAAGGCUAGAUAGCCUUGAUAUGCCCUUACCUUUUGAUGAGCUGUGGGAGACAUACAUUGAGCACCCUGGUGGCUUGGAUAUGUUAGAUAUUUUGGAGGCCUAA